AUGUUCCAACCCACGGUCGCACGCUCCAUCCGAGCUCUGCCCACCCGCCCAGCAGCUCUAUCCGCUGUCUCGCGGCCUGUCCUGAGCUCCGCCCUGCGCCCGCUGUCAUACACAGCUAUCCGCGCCAACAAGAAAGAUGACCCCACGAAAGACCCCCUCCUAGCGGCGACCACCAAAGCGCCCGAGGGUGCCUCCGGUGAGCAUGAAGGCCGCUUCGCCCGGACGGACGAGAGCGUCCAGAUCCCCUACCCGCCUGACAGCGAGAUGCCCGCGCAGCCUAUUGUUCAAGGUCGUGGCGGUAUGCAUUUCAAGCGUACCCUUGCUCAGUUCUCGCUUGAGAACAAGGUUAGUAUGGUUACUGGCGGUGCGCGCGGUUUGGGACUGGUUAUGGCGCAGGGUCUGGUUGCUUCGGGGUCGGAUUUGGCCAUUGUUGAUUUGAAUAAGGAGGAAGCCGAGACACAGGCUCACCUGCUGAUCGAGCAGUUCCGCAAGGAGAACCCCGGUCUGGAGGAAAUGCCCAACGUCACCGCACACUAUGCCGACGUAGCCGACCCCGACUCAGUGAAUCAAGCCCUAGACGAAUGCCUAGCCAAACACGGCCGCAUUGACAACCUCGUCACAUCGGCAGGAUUCACUGAGAACUUCGACGCCAUCUCCUACCCGUUUGACCGCAUGCAGAAGCUCUGGGGCGUCAACGUCGACGGCACGUACCUCUUCGCCACAGGCGUCGCAAAGCAUCUCAUGGAGCGUAGUGCUCCCGGCAGCAUCGUCAUGAUCGGGUCCAUGUCUGGCUCGAUUGUUAACGUGCCCCAGCCCCAGGCGCCGUAUAAUGCUGCCAAGGCUGCUGUACGGCAUCUGGCUGCGUCGCUCGCGGUUGAGUGGGCCGGCCAAGAUAUUCGCGUUAACUGUAUUAGCCCGGGAUACAUGCUGACUGCUCUUACCCGCAAAAUCCUUGAUGAAAACCCCCAGCUGCGCGACAAGUGGACUUCCCUUAUUCCCGUCGGUAAGAUGGGUACCCCCGAAGACCUUAUGGGUGCCGUCACCUUCCUGCUCAGCGACGCGUCUAAGUACAUCACCGGUGCGGACCUCCGCGUUGACGGCGGCUACACCCUAACUUAA